UUCCAGUCACAUUAAUACUGUAUCUUAAUUGCAUUAACUUCUUUCUUAUCUCCUCCUUAAUCCUCUUUUUAACAAAUGAAAAAAACAGCAACUUUCAAUCUCAGCUCUUCAAUGCCGAGUCCAUCGAUCCUGCGUUCAAAAUCUGUUCCCUGCAACAUCUCAGAAACUCAAAAUUCUCCUACAAACUCACUCAUAGUAGCCCCUUCAGUCAGAUCAUCCAAAUCAGCUGACUCAUUGAAACCAUCAUCAUGGCCUAAAACAGUCAAUGAGUUUAUUAUAGCAAGAAAGGGAGGCUCAUCCUCGAAGAACUCGAGUUUGACAGCUGAUAAUCUCCAGGAAUUCAACAAAAGAAAUGCAAUUCAAGAAGAAAAGAGAUACUCUGCUAGAAGUCCAUAUUACAGAGGACUUACUGAUUCGUCCAAAGAGAUUAAUCGACAGAAGUUAUUAGCAGAGUUUAGUAGUCCUGGAAAAGAUAUAUCAGCUUUUUCUACAAGUUCCAGUUCUAAAUCCAAUUUAGCUACCAAGGUACAAGAAUGGAGUGCAUCUUACUUUGCACGCAAAAGCAAAGAGGAAAGAACAUCCUCCUCCUUGAAUGUUUCUUCUAGGAACAAGAACAUCCAAGAUCCUUCAUCAGAGACAAGAGAUAAAAGAGUAAUCAGAACAACAAUCGGAGAAGAACUUGGUUUACGUUCCAAAGGAGUUAGAAGAUGUGCAAGAAAAAGCAAACUUAGAAUUUCACAAUUAGAUCAGGGGAAGCCUUUGAGGGAGAGAGCAUCAGAAAUGCAACCAAAUUUAGUACAACUACCAGCCCCUGCACCUCCAUUAACAUCACCACGAAAAUUGUCAUUACCAUCUCCACCACCAACUCCAUUAAUAUUACAAACAUCAUCGCAAGAGGAAGAAAUUGAACCAGUACCAUUGCCAGCUUCACCAACUCAAACUGUAGAUGAUGAAAAAGAUACCAUAGAGGAGAAGGAUAUUACAGUUCCAGAAGAACAGAAUGACAAAAGGUUUAAAUGGGCUGACAAGUAUAGGCCUAAUGCUCUUAAAGAUUUCCUAUGCAAUCGAAAUACAGCACUAGAAUUGAAGGCUCUGGCAAAAACAGAUCUCAGUACUCAUCAUUAUAUAUUUGCAGGACAACCAGGAGUAGGGAAAAGAACCAUGAUAUUUGCUCUGCUUCGUGAAGUUUUUGGACAUGAUAAAGUACAGGCAAGAGAAAAGUGCAAGGUAUUCCACUUAAAGGGAGAGGGAGUUCCCAGCAUCCAAGUAAAUGUGAAGGAAUCAACGAAACAUGUUGAGAUCAAUCUCUCUGAAACUAAAGGCUAUGAGAAGCAUGUCAUAGUAGAACUAAUCAAUGAGAGAAAGCACAAAUCAUCAAGCAAAUCUGCACCGUGCCAUCCUGAUGACUGUAACGCCAUCAUUCUUUGUGAGGCAGACAAGCUAUCAACAGAUGCCUUGCUAUAUAUCAAAUGGAUGAUAGAGAGAUAUGAAGGUUGUUAUAGGGUUGUCUUUUGCUGCAGUGAUAUCACAAAACUCCAGCCAAUUAAGUCUAUUUGCAAAGUUGUCCAUCUCCAAAAACCUUCAGAUGAUGAGAUUGUAGACGUCUUAGAAUUCAUAGCAAAACGGGAAGGAAUAGAACUACCACACCAAAUGGCAGCGAGGAUUGCUAGUAACUCUAAAAGUAACCUACGCCAAGCAAUUCGCUCUUUUGAAGCUACCUGGCACUUCAAGUAA